AAGGAUAGAUGGCGUUUUCGUAAUGGGUGUCGUCCAAGUUGCAUUUUAUUCAAUUCAAAGACGUUUUACACGCGUCCUUUCAUUUAAUUGUUAUAGUUAAAAAAAAAAUUUCGAAAUAAUGUGGUAUUUAUUAAAGAUCUCGUGUAUUAUUUCAAUCAUCUUAGCUAAUUCGAUUAGUCACGCCCUGGAAUGUUAUGUUUGCACUAAUCAGGAAGAUAAUACUGACAAAUGCUUAAAAAGUUUAAAAACAUGCGAACAGGGAGAGGAUGUGUGUUUAACAGAAAUUAAAUGGGGCAGUACACCGUACUGGUCGCAAGGUGCGAAAAAACAAUUUUAUAUAUCGAAAAGGUGUUCUUCUAAAGUAGAAUGUGAAAGAGUACGACGCACUAAUAUGCCAGUUUGUACUCAUAUUUGGUAUCAAGAUUGGAAAUGUUCUGAAUGUUGUCAUGGUGACAGGUGCAACUAUUAUAUUAUUUCUGAUGCGAGCCAAGUGAAAGCUACAGUUGGAAGUAUUAUCUUGGUAUCACUUAGCGUCUUUCUAUUCGCUAGAUAAAAUUUACUUCCAUAGAGAACAUUGACUACCAUUUAUUGAAAAAUUCAUGUAAUCUUACUCGACAUCGAAGGAGAUGAAUCUAUUAUACGUCGAAUGAAGGACGACAGACAUCAGUAUCGUUUUAAUGAUGUCUCUUUCAAAAAUCAACAACGUAGUAUAUUUAGCAUUGUAUAAAAUGUAUGACUAUCAUCAAAUACUUACCUUUGAUUUAAGCCAUACGAGUACUAUGUACAAAUAAGUUUCUAUAGAAGAAACUCUGUCCAUAAUUUUAGACUGUUAAUAUGUUGAUUACAUUAAUAUAAGUA